GUCAAACUCGUUGGAACAGUGCUUUCGUUCUGUUUGUGGCAAGAGAUAGCUAAGUCGGUGUUGGAUGCGUAAGUAACUUACUGUGCAAACCAAUCUUUCUCUGCAUAGACGAACCGAGGCGACACACGACACAACAUCGCGGAGUCAGACUGGUUUCUGCCCCGCGUGUGACUCUGGCACGACGCACGACACACUCGCAGAACUCUCCUAAUGCCAGGCACCAUGAGUAGCUUGGCCUGGAGCGGCUUCAAGCUGGCUUUUGGAUUAGUCAGCUUAUUCGGGGCAUGGAUAAUGGCUGUGAUUAAGAACGGUGCGCUUUGGGCCAAGGACACAGAGGAAGAGAAGAAAGAGCUGGCUGCCGCGCAAGAGAGGUUUUGGAGUCUGGAUCGUGAGCCUCUACCGGGAUUCAAGCACGCCUUCUUCGGGACAAGCAGUGGCGCGAGACUGCAUUAUGUAGUUAACGCACAAGAGGGAGCAGAGGCAAAGAAUCUGGUGAUUUUCAUCCAUGGCUUUCCCGACUCGUACCUCAUCUGGAGACACCUUCUUCAAUCUACUUCAUUUCAGGACACUACUCUCGUCGCGAUCGAUCUGCCUGGCUAUGGUGGUUCGGACAGUCUGCCUGCGUACGGCCCAAAUGAAAUGCUGGGAGCGUUGACCGAGCUCAUCAUCGACGUACGGGAGAAAUAUCUACAAGAAGGGAAAAAGGCCGUCAUUGCCACGCACGACUGGGGUGCGGUUAUCGGCGCAAGGCUUGCCUCCGAGGCUCAUGUUCUGGCCGAUCACUGGAUCAUCACAGGCGGUGUCAUUCCUAGUCUUCAGGCUUCCAAUGCAAAGAACAGGAUAUUGUUGGCAAAGCAAAUGCUACGGACUUGGCUUCGCUCACCAUUGAACACACGACUGUUGAAGAACGGCUUGCAUGCGCUGGGCCCUGUAGCUGGCCAAUUCCGCCGGUCUUUCUACAUCUUCGUCUUCCAUCUGCCAUGGCCCUUGAGCAACGUAUUUGCAACAUUCGGUAACUACUGGUUCCUCCGCGUUCUCCACAGUUAUGGCAAAGGGUCUGCGAGUAAGCCCAAGAACUUCACGGCCCUGAACCCUGUAGAAGCUGCAGAAGCAAUGGCAAUCUCUACUGGACCUGCAAUGGCACAAUUGAACGCUCCGGACAACACAAAAGAGCGAUAUGGCGAGUCUGUCAAGGCAAGAGUGGGAGAUAAAGGCAUGUCGGAGAAGAUCCGCAUCUACCGUGAAGAUCUCUUCUCGGCAAAAUGGGAAAAGUCACUCGAGGUCACUGUUGCACUAUACAACAUCUCCACCAGCUCUGCCGCUGCAAGAUCUUCAGGUACAUUGUCUAAUACCGCGCCGCAAGGUGCUCUCAAAGCCCCCGCUACACUCUUCAUGGGACAGUAUGAGCCGGCAUUUGACCAGAGGCUGUCACUCGAUAACGCGCGCGACUACCUUGUAAAGGGUAGUCAGGUUGUUAUUGUCAAGGGAGCGGGUCACUGGCUGCAGAUUGAGCAAGUGGGGCGGCGCGCUUUGGAGAAGACGAUACGGUGGGCUUUACGGGAUGGAGGAGGGAACGAGAUGAUACCCUUUGAGGCAAUGAGUGAUGUUCGCGUUCUUGAGACUUUGUAGGAUGGUUCAAUGGUGAUUGAGUACUGUACUCAGGGAGGUGUGUAUUGAACUUCGUGGCAGGAGGGCACGCCAAUAGCACAUAAAGGCGAUUCAAGUUAAGGUCAGCUUCACCGACGUGUGCGAUUGUUCGAAGUCAAUCAAACAGGUACUUACAGAGCUAGCAACAAAGUCAAGGGGUUAAGGGAGGAGUGGAACAGCUCUUGGGUCAACUGCAAGAAUGUGGUUUAGAAUACCUCUGUACCAUGAAGAGUUUUACAGUGGCAAAGAUGCAGGCAAAGAUACAUCAGGGCAUGCGGACGGCCGAGUCUUUUAUAACACCUGCAUCAAUAGAACAUUUCACUUGGCAAA